CGUGGCGGGAGAGAGCAAAACGUAAACAAACAAUGGUGUAGCUCCCGUCCUCGUAUUAUUUCGUAAAAGUAACCAGAAAUUUUAUAUUUAGGAUGCCACCAGUUCGUGUGAAGUAUGUUGCCUCAUUUUCUUCACAGGACCCCAAGCACACAGUGGAGGACUUGGUUCAUGGCCGGGGUUCAUGGCUUAGUCACCCCACUGAGAAGGUGAGCCGACUGCAGGCAGACUUGCAGCUUGAACGAGCCACUACAAUUACUUAUAUUGAUAUUGGCAAUUCCGGAAGUGUCAUGCUGAGUGUGGAGGUGGGACGGUCCUCAUGGCCAACAAGUCAACCUCUUGUGACAUUGCUGCCUGCAGUCUCUCUCAUAACAGCUGAAGAAUGGCGAGCAGGAAAAAAUAUAACUACAGUGCGCAUGUUUAAGCCAGGCGAUAUGAGUAGUGAAGCUUUUAGAGAAAAAUGGGACAAAGUGAGGAUUGUGUGUUUACAGCCAUUCCGGAAAGAUACACAGUUUGGCCUCUCACUCCUCCGACUUCAUACUAAUGUUGAGGUUCCAUCUGAAGCACCCCUUAGCAAAGCCAUUAUAAAUCUGGACGACAAUAUAUCACAGACUGCCUUGAAGAAAGAUGAAUUGGUGUCUAGAAUGAAUCUCUCUGAAGUGAAGAGAAAGACUAUUUCUCAAAAAAUUGGCUGGCUGGAGAAUAAGGUGCUAUAUAAUAGUGAGGAGGGAAGUGCUGGGCCACCUCUCAACCCCGUAACGUCCCCAGUAUCCCGAGCUGCUCGCCUAAUAGCUAUGGCUGCUAAGCCGCAGACCAAGAUGAAUGCAGACCUUGAUAAGGCAGAGUUGGAAUGUGAAGCGCUGCAUUUUCUCAUCUCCCUCAAUCUUUCUGUGGAUGAUAUAUAUUCUCUCAAAGUCAUGGGUGUUCGCCAGCAGUUUGAAAAACAAAGAAAGAAAGAGUUGAACCAUAAUGAAAAAGCAGUGUUUAAGGAUAUUGCCCUGGACUAUGCCAAACAAAGACUUGAAAACUUAGAGAAACAACAAGAAAUGUCUGUUGUUAAGUCUAAUGAAAAUGAAUUUGUAGUACAUAAAAAAAUGCCAAUUGUAAGAGAGAAGGAAAAGUCAGCAAGUUCUGUGAAAUCAAAUGAAAAUAAUAAAAGUAGAGAUAAAGCCAACAAAAAUAUGCACGAUGCAGAUGUUCUGAGCAUUGAUGCUAAAUAUCAGUCAAGGAACACCAGCAGUGCAGCAUGUUCCCCGUCUCGACCCUUUGGUAAAUUCACAUUUAAACGUGUAAAAUCUCCUGCGAGAUCAAAAGAUUUUCUGGUUAAACAAAGGAAAUCUAAUCAAAAUAUAAAUACACCCAGUAAUGACAGAUUGAAGUUGCGACAGAAUGACGAUCUUUCCUGUGAGCCAUUGUGCUCUCCGCACCGAAAUAAUCUCGCUCUCUCUGACUCCAAUGUAAUCACUCCUAAGAAAUCCACGAGAGGAAGACCAAAGAAAACCUCAACACCACAAUCUUCUUUGAACAAACAAUGUAAACUAGAUGUUUGGAUUAGCCCUAAGGCAAAACGAAAAAAAGAAGAUAAAUCUUUUGCGUGCUCAAAUAGACCUGUCCAACAAUUUGCCUUAGACGUUGAUAGCAUUGAUGAUGGGUUCUCUAUGUUUGAUGAUGAUGAUGAUACAUCUGCUCCGCCCUCUAGAAAUAAAAUUGGUGGGAGUUUCAUGGAUGACAUAUCUGCAAACCAAAAUGCUAAAGCUCAAAAUAGCAGCAGCAUUACUCCUGGUGUCCAGAAAACUCCAUGGAUUUCUAGAACCUCUGUGAACUCUAAUAGCAAUAGUUCUGGUCAUUACUUGGGAACGGCACCUAAUGAUAAAUAUGGUGUAUCAAAAAAUAGAAAACUCCCCCAGAAAAGCAGUGUGAAGGGUGAUUCAUCAUACCCAGUGAGAGCUGACUGUAACACAGACAUGGUGCAAUGUCCAGUGUGUUCAGAAUUAUUCCGAUCACAAGUAAUAGAGUCUCAUGCUGCUUCUUGUGACUUGACAAUCUACGUGGACAGUGAUAGUGAAGAAGUGGGUGGCACCAAGCAAUUUAGUGCCAAGGCAAAGAAAAAUGCAGACAAGGUGGAGGAAUGUCCAGUGUGUGGGGAUUUCAUCAACAGUGCUGAGUUAGAAGACCAUGCAUCAGAGUGCGCCCACACCAUGUUUGACUAAAGUGUCCAACUGAUGAUGACCGAGAAGAUGGCCGGCUGUUGAUGGCUGACCCCAAGGAUGUCGUAGAACCUUUCACUGUUUCUCCGUGUUCAUUCGCAGACUGAAAAGAAGAAGUUUUAUAAUGUUUAUUAAGAUCAUUACUAAAAACCAAUUACAGUUCAAUAUUUCAGCUGUAAAAAUGUAUUGUACAGUACAACACUGUAUUGUAUUUACAAAUAAAGUAUCUUAAAAGGCAUUAGAUAAUCCUAAACUGUACUUUUAUAACACUGCAUUGCACUAUAUCUAAACAAUAAAAAAUACCAAAUUAAAAACUUCAAAUUAAAACACCAAUUAAUAGUGAUAAUGUCAUUAUAUAAAUACAGUAACACUAAACAAAAUACUGUAAUAAAAAUAACUGUACUGCAACAGCUCAAGGAUGUAACUCCAGUUCCCAAUGCUCUGUAUACUGUAUUUUGCAAUGCAAAUACAGUGUAUAUAAUAUUAAUGACAUUAGAAAACCAUAAGCCCCCAUUUUCUAUAUAAAUCAAAAUGAUCAAACAUACUAUAGAUUUUGAGAAAGAGAAUAAGUGGGUAGACUGUUUGCGGGGUUUGAGUGGUCCUUGUCUAGGCAAGUGAUGUACAGGUUCCUGGACCUACUCAGCACUCUCAUAUAUACUUUUGAUACAUGUAUACAAUUUCCUCCACUAAAAAACUUCUUAAUAAUUUCAAUGUGUCUCUUUGUGCACUACCAAUGAUUAGUAGUCUAUAAUAUCUGUCCGGUCUAUUUCCCUGUGAACUUAAGCUCAUCAUGUCUCCGCUGUUUUUUUUCUCUCUCCCAGUGACGUGACUUAAUUCAUUUAACCGUUCCUCGUAACUCACAUCUCUCGGCUCUGAAACUAAUCUAGUGGCAAACCUCUGAACUUUCUCCAACUUAGUUUAGUGUUUAAUGAGAUACGAAUGCUACACUGGUGCCACAUAUUCCAGAAGUGGUCUGAAAUAUGUGGUACACAAGGUAAUAAAUGACUGUUCAGUUACUUUCUUGUUCAACCUUGCAUAUGCAGUGGUGAGCUGUGUAGUGUAAUGGAAUUAGGUAAUGUGUAUUCUUAAUGGAAUUAAGAAUUUAUGGUGUAAUGGACCAAUCUGGUGUUGGUCAAGCUCUCAGUCAAAUGUAAGAACCUCCUCCCAGUUGACUGGUGCAUUUGAGUGUGUUAUUAACUUUUUUUUUUUUUGAGAUAUAUACAAGAGUUGUUACAUUCUUGUACUUGACUAUUGAUCAGACUUCCAGACAGGAAAUAAACAGGAGGGGGAGUGAGGUAAUGGAAUAAAGGAUUCAAACUA